GGUCGUGUAUUGAAUGCUGAACUUGCUCGGGUCGAGAGCGUGACGAAACUAGAGGUUAACGGCAAGUUAGCGUCAGGGCAAGGAGAUACAUGGAAGACAAUAAGUAAGGUGUCGUGCCAGGCAGCUAUGAUGGCAGUUGAAGGAAAGAUGCACCUUAUAGCUACCCAUGACAUCUCCGGGGAGAAAAAGACGGCCGAUAACUUAUUGGCACUCACUGAGAGGGACAUAGAUCAGAUGGAGGCAGAGACCGGCGUCGAGUUCAUAGCGUGGUGUACAGAUGCCGGGGGAGACUGUAAUAAGAUGCGGAAGAUGUUGGCAGCACGAACGCCGCAUAUUCUUACGCCGCCAUGCUUUGCACAUCAGCUAAAUCUACUUGUGAAAGACUACUACAAGCUUGACGCCAAAUUCAUGAAGACAUCCAACAAAGCUUUUGAGGUUGUGAAAUGGAUCAACAACCAUAGUCAAGCAUUAGGACUCUUUAAGGGCGAGCAGCGGAGGCCGCGGGAAGGCGCAGCAUCGCUCGUGCCUCUCGCACUAUUACUCCCGGCGAUAACGCGCUGGACAUAUCAUUUCCAAUCAUUCGCGCGGCUCCUUCGAGUCCAGAAACCGUUGCGUACCUGUGUUAUUGAGCAUCGCGAUGAUCUCGUGGUCUGCGCGGGCAAUCGCGCUGCUAUGCGCACCAAGGCAUUGGAGGUAAUCGGAUUAGUCGAAGAUCAUAGUGGUUUCUGGCAAGAUCUUGCACGGACGACACGUCACCUGGAGCCACUGGCUAUCGGAACUAACGUCCUCCAAUCCAAUCACGCGCGCCUCGACACUGUCCUCCUUACUCUCGCCAACCUGUACCGGAUCUUUGAGCCCGAGCCUUAUAUCCUGGCCGUAUUUUUCAACCCCUACAUCAGGAGCAAGAUCUUUAAGCCCGAGAAUACGGCCCUUACCCCGCUCGCACUCUAUAACAUGGCCGAAAGCAUGUUCCGGCGCCUGUUCUGUAAAGAGCCCGACCUAGAAUUCAUGGAUGCGUUCUACGAUUACCACGCGGGAGAGCGGGAAUUCGACCCUCAGUACAUGCAGCUAGAGAAAACAAGACUUGCAUAUGAAAGAGAGCACAAGGCCAUCGACUUGGUGAGAAUCUGGAAGUCCCUGGAUCAGAGAAAGCUGGAAGGUCGGAACAUGCUCGUGAAAUUGGCUAUACGACUACUCAGCGUUAUUGCAAACUCUGCGGGUUCCGAACGGUUGUUCAGCUGCCUCGGUAUCAUUAUAAGCAAGAUCCGUAACCGCCUAGAGCUAGGGAAAGCCAACAAGAUGGCGAAGAUCAAAGCAAAUAUGAAGGAUGAGCAAGAACGCAACGGCUUAGCACCGCGGCGGCGAUUGAAGCGGAAGUUCCAUCUCUGCGACGAU